AUGGUCAAAGAAGGGAAAGGAGAUAAAAUCAAGCAUUUACUGGCAAGUAACAUACCUUCUGAAGUGACAAGGAUGAUGAAAACAAACCGCAAUCAGCCUGUAGAAAAGAGCAUAGUAAGAAUGAAGCACAUAGCCUAUAGUCAGCAUACAGUUAAGUCUAAUGGCCUUUUCACUGGUAGAAAGUACACUUCAAUACUAACUGUCACUAAUGGUGGGGAAUGGGGGAAUUGGACAUGGAUCGACAUGUGCCCAGAAGGGUCCUAUGCCACUGGGUUUAGUUUAAAGGUUGAAGAAUACCGAGGGGCUAGUGAUGAUACUGCCCUAAAUGGAAUUCGUUUAUUCUGUUCCACUGCUGAGGGUUCCAAAUAUACUGUCGAAUCAAAUGUUGGAAGAUAUGGAACCUGGACUCAAAUUACGUGGUGUCCAAGAGGUGCUUUAACGAAGUUCCAGUUGAAGGUUGAACCUUCCCAGGGAGUUCUUGAUGACACAGCAGCUAACAACGUUAAGUUCUACUGUAACAAUGGGGCUAUUAUUGAAGGAGCCGGGAUGGACUUUGGAGAGUAUGGUGGGUGGAGUAAUGAGUGCAAAAAUAGUGCAAUAUGUGGCAUUAUUACCAAACAGGAACUGUAUCAGGGGGUUGUUAUUGAUGACACAUCACUUAAUGAUGUCCAGUUUUUUUGCUGUGAGUAAUCUUCAUAUGAAUCUAUACUCAUUCAUUUUAACUAACAUGUAAAUGCCAGCAAGCAAAACACACACUAUCCUGACGUAAAGAUUCUUAGUAAGGAAAAGGUGCAAUUAUUGCAUAUUUAACAGUACUGUUUAACAGAAAAAAACUGGAAGAAAG